CGUCGAUGCAGAAAAAUAAAACCAAACGAUCCCGAUUCAAUUUCCACGGUCAAGUAACGCGCAAGAGUUAUGUCAUAUAUUGAUGAAAACCCAGAAACCCCAUGAUCCCCUCUUCAUUACAGAUUUAUCUCGGUGGUCUUUACCUAUUUAUUCAUAUUGAUAUUGUCGUCUCCAGCUCCCAAACAAAUGAAAAGGAUUUCGACGAAGCGAUGUUAUACCAAAGAACAAACCUGAGCAGUGCGAAUCAAGGUCGUCGGUGCCCAAAACUCACAGGAGUGGGAGCUUCCACAGUGUUUACAAGAUAUUGUUGGGAGCACUUUAACCUUCCCAUUGAACUUAUCCCACUUCAACUUGACUGCAAAGCAUCAGAGCUUCACUGUUUCCCGCAUUUAGGAACCAAUCAACGUCCACCGCAGUCUAAUCUUGAGGUUCUGGGUGGGAAUAACAAUCCGGAGAUGAUAUGUAAGGUGCUGGAGCAGUCAAAAAGAGCCACAUUCCUGGAGUUAAGAUAACCUCUGUGGAUCAUGGUAGUUGUGUUGGCGAUGAAGCGGUUGAAGGUGGACUAGCUGAUGCAACUGCUCCAGGUCACAGCUCUGUUAAUUGAAGGGAGAGGAGAGGAGUCACCAGUUAAGUGCAUCGAAAGAGCAAGGGGAACCAAAGUUACAAGACAUGAUGACGUUUACGUUGCAUUUCUAGACAUUAUCAAGUCCGACCACUUCAAAACUUUUAUGUCAUUGGUUUCCUUGGGUUUUUAAACUCUACCAUAUCAGACUUUUUCAGUUAUAAAAUAAGUCGUCCUCUGUUUGCCAAAAAGACCUUUUCCCUAACAAAUCAUAAUCAAAUAUUAACAAUUAGUGGAGAGGAUGGACUGAUGCGAAAUGCAUAUUUAGGGAACCCAAACAUUGUUCUUAGAUUUUU